UACACUCCCUGUAGACUCUGCCCACUUGAGGCUUUAAGUAAACCAACCUGUUUGUCAGGCUGCUUUCUACCCGGAAAUUGAUCAAAGUGUGUGGGGAAAGGCAGUCAGUGAGUGAGUGAGAGAGAGUGUGUGCGCAGUACAAGCCUGUGUGUGGUGUGUGUGAGAGAGAGAUAGUGAGAAACAGGGAGUGAGAGGUCUACAUGUGAAUGAGCUCCUGUGCAUACAUACAAGGAACCUUUUUUUCCAGCCUAUUUGAAGACAGAAUCAGUACAGGGAAAAUGAAACCAACUCAUGGAUGCCAAAUAUAAAGAGCACAACUCUUUCCUCCAAGAAUGACAUUUGCAUGGACUUGCCAGGUUAUAACCCGCAUGGAGUUAUAUUAUGCAACAUUAUCAAAAGUUCUGCAAAAAAAUCAGUGAGGCAAGUCAAUAAUUCUCUUAUUGUGCAUUUUGUAAAAUUUGUAUUGUUACUAUUUUUGUAUUGUACUAUUUUUUGUAUUGUUACUAUUAUUGAUAAAAUAUGAACAUAAAAAAGUUACAUAAAAGGGAAGUGGCUAAAAGUUAGGGCAAGAGACUUGUGGUGGGCUGCAUGAUAUCUGCAUUUCAUUUGUUAUAUAAUAGGCACUAAAUGACAGACAGCAGUGUUGAAGUUGCUGUGUAACGGAAGUAAUUGAUAUCUUGAAGCAUAGACAUCAUUGUAGCUCUAGACUCAUUCUGAAUCCUGACCAGAUGGGGGCUGGCUUUUGCUCCAUGUGCAUCUUCAUUUGUAAAUCUACUCUCCCAACCACCGCAUAGAGAAAGACAACACUUCACAUUUCUUUUGGCGAUGGCUGGAAGUCUGAUGGGAUUUGUCCGAAGCUUCGAGACUGAUUCAUCUAGCUCUGAGUCCCAGCAGCUAACAAGUGCAGACCAUAAACUCAUGGACAAGGUUCAAAAAAGACUACAAAAACUGCAUAGGCUUUGCACUGAUCCACGACUAUGUCUAAAGAAUAGCCCACCUUACCUCCCUGAGCUGGUAAGAGAGACUGUAAAUAUCAUGAUGGAUAUAUGGACUCCUUAUAGAUGCUCAGACUCAGCCAUGCCACGAGGGGAUGAGGGGGAGUACCUGAGGAUCCAUGUCCAACACUUACUGGAUAAGACAGACAGGGCCAUCCUGCUGUUCAAGGAGGGAAAAGAGAAGAUGUUUGAGGAAAAGUCAAACUACAGGAGAAACUUGACAAAGCUGUCCUUGCUGUUUAGUCAUAUGCUGUGGGAACUACGGGCUAUAUUUCCAGGUGGCCAGUUUCAGGGUGAUACCUACAACCUGACCAAGACAGAGGCAAAAGAUUUCUGGAGGAAGAUAUUUGGACAGAAGUGCAUAGUCAAGUGGAAUAUUUUUAAGCAGCAUUUGAAAAAUGUUCACAAUUUUGAAGAGGGAAUGGAGGCCAUGGCACUGAAAUCAACAAUUGACCUCACUUGUAAUGAUCACAUUUCUAUCUUUGAGUUUGACAUCUUCACCAGACUGUUUCAGCCUUGGUCAACACUGCUGAGGAACUGGAAUCAUUUAGCAGUGACUCAUCCAGGUUACAUGGCCUUUCUUACGUAUGACCAAGUACAAGCCAGACUGGAACACCACAAACAUCGUCCUGGCAGCUACAUCUUUCGUCAAAGCUGCACCAGAAUGGGUCAAUGGGCAAUCGGUUAUGUGACCCCAGUUUGCAGCAUUGUACAGACUAUUCCAGAGAAUAUACCUCUUUACCAGGCUCUAAUCCAAGGCUUCAGACAGGGAUGCUACUUGUUUCCAGAUGGACGUGAUGUGAACCCUGAUCUCACUACCCUGUGUAUGCCAUCUCAGAAGGGUCGUAUUAAAGUUACAGAGGAACAAUAUGAGUUAUAUUGUGAAAUGGGAAGCACAUUUCAGCUAUGUAAGAUUUGCACAGAGAGAGAAAAAGACACUCGCAUUCAGCCCUGUGGACAUCUGCUUUGCCGGCCCUGUCUCACCGGCUGGCAGAAGUCAGAUGCACAUACCUGCCCUUACUGCCGCUGUGACAUUAAAGGGACAGAGUCCAUCCUCAUCGAGCCAUAUCGGUCCACAAGAGACACCACACUCCAAAAAAGGCAUGAUGAUGAAGAAGAAGAAGAAGAAGAAGAAGAAGAUGAUGAUGAUGAUGAAGACCAUGAAGAUGUAGAACUAGUCAUGAAAAAACUGGCUGCCAUGAAACGGGCAUCACAAGAAGAGUACCAGGUUCCCAGUUCCAGUUUAGCACCUCCUCCACUUCCACCAAAACAGAACACUGUGUCCUCACCAUGCCCGUCUCCCAAACCACACAUCCGUCCUGCUAUAAGAGACAGGCUGGUUAAAAGUCACAGUAACUCAGCUGCCUGUAACAAUGUGCUACAUUCAGAAAACCAUCAAACUGAAGAAGCCUCAGACAGGCAGCUGCAAUGUGAUGCUGAGCGGAGCUAUACAUCACUCUCCCAGUCAAGAAGAAAAGGUGAAGCCCCAUGGUCAUGGCCAGCACAUUCAGGACAAAAGAAAAAAGAGAAAUGAAGGGAAGAGGUAGAUGACAGGUGAUUUGGAAACAUAGUUGCUAGCAGGAAGACAAAGUCAAAGAAACUCUCAUAGACAGCUCACAUCUUUGACGUUCCUGGAAAAUUUCACCAUGGAAACAAAUAUAACAACAAACUGAAUUCUGUUUUCUACACUGUAAAAACAUGUUCAUGCAAUUUACCGUAAAAUAAGGUUAAAUAAAAACAGUAAAAAAAAAAAAAGGAAAGUGAGAGAACACUGUAGUUAGCAAUAUAAAUAAAUUUUGUUAUUUUAAUUGUAACAAUAUGUAAACUGUAACAGCUUUUUCGCUAUAAAAUACUGUCUACCUUCAAAAGAAGCGGUAAAAUACCAUCAUGUAGUUAACAAAUUUGUACCCUUAAUUUUACAUGCCCAGGCUGUUACAUAUACAGACUGCAUUAUAAGUGGACUUUACAUAAAUAAAUACUAUUUAGAUUUGUGUGGAAAUUUCCAUUUUGGAAAUCCAAAUAGAGUUCAUAUAGAAAUGAAUGUGUUUUGUACAAGACAAGCAUAGAAAACAAACACCUACACCGUCUCUAAGAUACAAAAAUAUCUGUAAUUCUGAAAUAAAAAUGUAAAAACAUUUUUUUAAAACUUCAAAAGGUAAAAUUUAUUUUAAAAUUGGCCAAUCUACACCAUGUAUUUUUGUUAUAUCUGAACUGAUAGUAAACACUUACUGUACAGUAUAUACAUGUAUUAAAGUCAGUUAGGAAUUUGAAAUGUUUUAAAAGAAGGAAGUGGACGUCACUGUGGCAGCAGGGGUAUUUUUAUUUAUGUCAUCCAAUUCUAUCUGGCCAUUUUGUGUUAUGAUGUGUGAGUGGGAACAAAAAUAAAGAGAGCGCAGUAGAGAACUCUCAAAAUAGUACAGAAUGACA